ACUGCCGCCGCCCCAUUCCAGUGACCCCAGUGUCUUCCCAUCGCUCCAGUAACCUCAGUGCCCACCUCACUGAUUCAGCUACCCUCCCCCCACCGCUCCCAGCAUCCUCAGUACCCACGCAGCAGGGGGUACCCCUGACACCUGUACUUACCCUAGACUCGCAGGGACCCCAGUACUCCCCCAACACUGCUUCCUGUCACCCCAGUACAGCCCAUACUGGUCCCAGUGACUCCAUUAAAUACACAAGGGGAAGUCCCCCACGACUUCCAGUCUGCUCCCAAGGUCUCCAGUAUUGGGGAUCUCCAUGAUGCUUGUAGUCACCACAGAGUCCCAGUGACCCUAACACUCCUCUCUAGAGGGUCUCAGUGCCCCCAGUACUGCUCAUACUGGUCCCAGUAUGACCAGUACCUACUCAAGAGGAGCUCCCAGUUACCCCAAGUAAGCCCACACUACUUCCAGUGACACCAGUGUUCACCCGAGAGGGGGUGUACCACAACUCCCAUAGGCAUCCCAGAGUCCCCGUGAUCCCAGUACUCCUCCCACACUGUCCCCAGCUACCCCAGCAGGACCGUGGCCCCAGACACAUCAUUACCCAGAAGGUCCCAGUCAUCCCAGUACCCCCACACGACUCCUACUCCUCCCUCCCCAGGGCCCAUCCAAGCAGGGCGUAGUCAUCCCAGGCACUCCCCCCUGACUGGUUCCAGUGCCUACAGUCCCUGUACCCUCACUCCUGUAGUCUGACACUCCCCACUUGGUGCAUACUGGGAUAUUGGGGUGACUGGGAGUAGUGUGAUGUUGUACUGGGAUCAUUGGAACUCGGGCAACUACAGGCAUCAUGGGGAUUCCUCAGUUGCAUACCGGGGUUACUGGGAGCAGAGAGGGUGUACUGGUGUCACUGGAAUGCUAGGGUGCCUCCUGACAGCAUGCUAGGGUGGGUAUUGAGGUCACUGGGAGCAGUGUGGGGGUACGGAGUGACUGGGUCAUUCCCUUGUCUGGGUAACGGGACUGUUACAGGCAGCACUGGUGUGACUGGGAGCACUAUGGGGACAUUACUGGUGUGACUGGGAGCAGCGUCAUGGCACUGUUUGUGACUGGGAGUAGUACAGGGCCACUGCUGGUGUGACUGGGAACGGUGUGGGGACAGCUGUGAUGUGUCUGGGAGCAGUGUGGGGACAGCAGCGGAGUCCCUGAGAUGGGUGUGGAGCCAGCACUGGUGUAACUGGGCGCUCACGCGCUCCCUCCUCCCCCCUGCGCUGCUCAUCCCCCGCUCUUCCCUCCCACGACGCAGCGGCCCCGGGGGACGCGGGGGAUCUCCGGUCCCGGGAGGUCCCACCCUGUCCCUGCCAUCUCCUCCCUCCUCCCUCCCUGUCCCUCCCUGUCCCCUCCCAUUCUCUCCCUCCCUCCCUCCCAUUCCCUGCCGGGCCCGUCCCGCCGCUGUCCCGUCGCUGUCCCCGCGGGCUCUGGCUGGGCAAUGGCGGAGCCCCCGCAGUCCCCGGGCCCGGCGCUGCCGCUGCGGGAGCGGCUCAGCUUCGCGUGCGGGCACUUCCUGAACGACGCCUGCUCGGCGCUGUGGUUCACUUACCUGCUGCCCUUCCUGCACGCCGUGCUUGGCUACGGGCACGGCGCGGCCGGCGGGCUGCUCCUCGCCGGGCAGGUGGCCGACGGGCUCUGCACACCCCUGCUCGGCUUCGAGGCCGACCGGGCCCACGGCUGCGGCCGCUGCGGGCGCAGGAAGGGCUGGCACCUGGCCGGCACCACCUGUGUCCUUGUGUCCUUUCCCUUUGUCUUCAGCCCCUGCCUGGCCUGCAGGGAGAGCACUCCACAGUGGGCAGCCUUCAUCUACUACCUCCCCUUCAUUGUCAUCUUCCAGUUUGGCUGGGCAGCCACGCAGGUGUCCCACUUGGCCCUCAUCCCCGAGUUGGUGAGCAGUGACCAUGGGAAGGUGGAGCUGACAGCAUUCAGGUAUGCCUUCACUGUCAUGGCCAACAUCACCGUGUAUGGCCUGACCUGGCUCCUGCUGAACUUCCAGAUGGACCAGCCUGACCACAUGGAGCACCUGGGCCCACAGGACAUCCCUGUGUUUCGGAACUUGGCCCUCAUCGUGGUGGGGCUGGGGGCCGUGUUCUCCCUUAUCUUCCACCUGGGCACCAAGGAGAAGCCAUACCCACCAGGGGUGCUGCCUGAGCCAGAGGAGAGCACCCCGCUGCUGCAUAAGGAGCCCCUGGGCCCCCCACGCCCGCUGUUGCUCUGGAAGGACUGGCUGCUGGAGCCCUCUUUCUACCAGGUUGCGGUGCUCUAUAUGGCCACUCGCCUCAUCGUCAACCUGUCCCAGACCUACAUCGCCAUGUACCUCACCAACUCGCUGCUGCUCUCCAAGAAGUACAUUGCUACCAUUCCCCUAGUGAUGUACGUCAGUGGGUUCCUCUCCUCAUUCCUCAUGAAGCCUGUGAACAAAUGGAUUGGUCGGAAUCUGACUUACUUUGCGGGCAUCCUGGUGGUCCUGGCCUUUGCCUCCUGGGUGGCCCUGGCCAGGCCAGUAGGAGAUGAGAUCUACGGGCUGGCGGUGCUGCUCGGGGCUGGCUCAGCCACAAUCCUGGUCACGUCCCUGUCUAUGACUGCAGAUCUCAUUGGCACCAACACGCACAGCAGUGCAUUUGUCUAUGGUGCCAUGAGCUUCACGGACAAGAUGGCUAAUGGCCUGGCUGUUAUGAUGAUCCAGAACCUGCACCCCUGUCCGACUGAGCUGUGCUGCCCUGCCUGUGUUGGUUUCUACCGCUGGGUGAUGGUGCUGGUCACUGGCGGCAUCGCCGUUGCUGCUGUCGCCACACUGUGCUGCAUCAUGGUGUGGCCCAUCCAGAUCCGCUACUGUGCUGUUGGUCUGGAGGGGCUGAGCAGCGCAAGGACCCCUGAAAGUGGCACUGGGAGCGCUGAGGGAGAGACCCAGAGCAGCAUCAUCAACUGAGCAGGGCUGUGUUCUCAGGGCUGUGUCCUCAGCCACCACAUCCUUGGCCACCACGAUGCCACACUCUGAGUCUGGAGGGUCCCCUGCCCUGGGGACCGCUGGGCUCUGGGGAGGGGGGUGACCCCCACCCUGUCUCCUUGCACUGGACUCAUAUUCCCACCCUGGACUCAUGUCCCCGUCCUGAACUCGUGUUCCAGACCCCACCGGGCCGAUGAAGGCUGUCCCUGGUGCGGUGCAGCGUCACCUGUCACCUCUCACCUACGCAAUGAACACUAGAAGGCCCUAGGCCAGGCCGGAGCAGCCCCAGAAGAGGGGGGCGUCCGGACCGAUGUUUUAAUCUGCUUUUUAAGGCAAAUACGUACAAACGGCACUUUAUAAAGGAGAAGAAAAAGGAAAGAAAAAAACAACCGCAGCGCUGAUAGCCCUGGGAUGGGGGUGGGCUCAGCUCUGGGGCUGGAAGAGGUUUGGGACGCGCACGGGGCUCGGAGGGCGCCAGAGCUGCUCCCGCCCGGCCCCUCGGAGAGCGGCGUCCUGAGGGGCAGAGGGGGGACAAUGACGGCCGCCC